GCCGUCACCCUCCGUCCCUCAGGCGCGUCCCCGCCUCAGGCGAUCGGCUUCCAGCCACAGCCGCCCUUCUCCCGGGACCCUCGCCUUUAAACCCUUCCCCUCACAGGUCUCCCCACGUCCGGCUUCGCGCCGCCUUCCCGCCCCUGCCGCUGGCUCCUGAGCCGCGCUGCCGUUAGCUCCGCUGCCUCCCGUCGGCUCCACGCGCGGCUUCCUCCCCUCGCGGCCCUUGUUCCCUCUCCCCGUUACCUCAGCCCCAGCUUAGCCACUGUGGGGUCGUUCGCCCCCAGGCUGUCCAGCCUCCCUCCACCCCUCUGUGGCUUUCCCGUACUGAUAGCGGCCCCUCAAGCCGUGACACCCCCCUCCCGCCCCAUGGCACGUUCACCCCGUGUCGGCCUGCAGCACCUCGUACGCGGCCACCUCGAGCUCUCCCUGCCCUGGAACACCCAUCCCCGCACUCUCCUUGUCUCCUUCGUCCAGGUUACGCUGCUCCAGACAGCGCGCUUCCCGGCAAUUCAUGACCCGGCGGACUUCCUUCGCACAGGCCCUCCGAUCCUUCUGCAUACCAGGCUUGUUUUUAUCUGUUUCUCUCAAAAAUCUAAUAAGCAAGAUGUCUACUAAUGAGAAUGCCAAUACAGCAGCAGCUCGACUAAACAGAUUCAAGAACAAAGGAAAGGAUACUACAGAAAUGAGAAGGCGGCGUAUUGAAGUCAAUGUAGAGCUGAGGAAAGCUAAGAAAGAUGACCAGAUGCUUAAAAGAAGAAAUGUUAGCACUUUACCAGAUGAUGCCACUUCUCCCCUUCAGGAAAAUAGGAGCAAUCAGGUUUCAGCACACUGGUCAGUUGAAGAAAUAGUCAGAGGAGUUAAUAGUAAUAAUAUGGAGCUUCAGCUACAGGCUACUCAAGCUGCCAGGAAACUCCUCUCAAGAGAGAAGCAGCCCCCAAUAGACAACAUAAUUCGGGCUGGUUUGAUUCCAAAGUUUGUCUCCUUCUUGGGUAGAGCAGACUGUAGUCCUAUUCAGUUUGAAUCUGCCUGGGCGCUUACCAACAUUGCUUCUGGCACGUCGGAACAAACAAAGGCGGUAGUAGAUGGAGGGGCUAUUCCAGCCUUUAUUUCACUACUGGCCUCUCCCCAUACUCACAUUAGUGAACAGGCUGUGUGGGCAUUAGGAAAUAUUGCAGGGGAUGGCUCUGCCUAUAGAGAUCUCGUUAUUAAAUUUGGUGCAAUUGAGCCGCUGCUGAAUCUACUAGCUGUUCCUGAUCUCUCUUCCCUGGCUUCUGGAUAUUUACGCAAUGUUACUUGGACCCUCUCAAACCUGUGUCGUAAUAAGAAUCCUGCACCACCCAUAGAAGCUAUUGAGCAGAUUCUUCCAACUCUUGUUCGCCUCUUGCACCAUGAUGAUCAUGAGGUGUUAGCAGACACAUGCUGGGCACUUUCCUAUCUAACAGAUGGUUCCAAUGACAGGAUAGAAGUUGUAGUGAAAACUGGAUUGGUGCCACAACUUGUGAAACUCCUGGGAUGUAGUGAACUGCCAAUAAUGACUCCUUCAUUAAGAGCCAUAGGAAACAUUGUCACUGGUACUGAUGAACAGACACAGAUUGUUAUUGACUCAGGAGCGCUAUCUGUUUUUCCAAGUCUCCUUUCUCAUCACAAAAACAACAUUCAGAAAGAAGCAGCAUGGACUAUGUCCAACAUCACUGCUGGGCGUCAGGAUCAGAUUCAGCGAGUUGUAGACCAUGGUCUUGUGCCUUAUCUCAUUGGUAUUUUGAGGAAGGGGGAUUUUAAAUCUCAAAAAGAAGCUGUGUGGGCUGUGACUAACUACACAAGUGGUGGAACAAUUGACCAGAUCGUGUAUCUUGUUCAGGCUGGUGUUGUUGAACCCCUACUGAAUCUCCUCUCAGCUAAAGACAGCAAAACUGUGCUAGUUAUCCUGGAUGCUAUUUCUAAUAUCUUCUUGGCUGCUGAGAAGAUUAAUGAGACUGAAAAACUUUGCCUCAUGAUUGAGGAGUGUGGGGGUCUAGACAAAAUUGAAGCUCUCCAGUCGCAUGAAAAUGAACAAGUGUACAAAGCCUCAUCCACCCUGAUUGAGAAAUAUUUCUCAGCGGAAGAGGAGGAAGACCAAAAUGUUGUACCAGAAUCUACUGCUGCCAGCUACACUUUCCAAAUUCAGGGCAAUACUCCAGAUACUUUCAACUUCUAGAUCUUGCACAUAUUGCAACAACCUACAAGUCAUUUGGCACACAAAUGACUGCCACCUCUUUGUCUUAAUAGUUCCUCUUGUUUUUACUGUGGUUUUUAUGUGACCUGUAGCACUUUGUCCAACUGAAACAUACUUGAACAGUUCACAACUGUACAUAUUAUGUGAAUUUCUAACUGUAAACUUCAUUCUUUGACAUACUUGUAAAUAUUUGUUCUCUUUCUGGCUCUUACUGUCCCUGUCAGGGAUAAGGAUGGAAGUGGGCAAUACCGGCUUCUCACAAAGCAUGAGCCACUACUCUGCAAACCUCUUCAUAACCUAUUACAUUCUACAUAACCUAUUGCUGUAAUCAAUACACUGAGUAGGCUUCCAAAGAGGAUUUAUAUUUGAUGUUCAAUAAAGUGAUAUCAAUACAUCAAA